AUGGACUCAUACAAGAUCGAUGGAGUAAGCCUACUCUUGAAUAUAGAGUUUUCUGAAGAGGGAAUCCGUGUAUGGAGAGCGUAUGGCGUACGAACCGGAAAGCUGAUAUCGCAGAUACCUGAGGCUCCAUUAUCAACCAGGCUACCAUCCUUGGUAGUACGCCAGGCGCACCCAAGCUCAUUCUCAUUGGGUGUAAAAAGACAAGCACAUGGAGUGCAUCCGAGUGGUAUCCGCAGCACUGACAAUAAGACCGAAACUGAAGAAGAGCACUCAGCAUCGCGUGAUGCACUGUUCACGUCUCUUGAGGAAGGUUGUACACAGACAUUCCUAAGGCACACCUCCAUGAUGCAGGACUUGGAUUGUGAAACACAUAAGCGCGCUUUAGAGAACAAGACAUUCUUUGACAAAGCUGCCCAACAAUAUGCAGAACAACUCGAGGGGCAAGCCAUGGUGGUGCCAGUGGUCAGCACACGAGCAGGUCACACAGAGAGCCAACCCAUGGGCUGGGCACUCAAGCCACGUGCUACACGGAGGACUAGGUUCACGGCAAACCAAAAGUCGUAUGUAACUACAAAGUUUAAGCUUGGAGAGCAGACUGGAAGUAAGGCAGAUCCUGCAGCUGUUUCAAGAUCAAUAAUGUGUGCAAAGGAUGCAACUGGAGAUAGAUUGUUUUCAAGCGAUGAGUUUCUUACAGCAACCCAAAUAGCUGGCUUCUUCUCACGCCUUGCUUCAAAGAAAACUCUCGAGAAUGACGAUCAGGAAAGUGUAGAGGUCGCUGCACAUGAGGCCUGUCUAGCAAGUAUUGUUAAUGAGGCUGCGGGUGAGAUUGCGCCUUAA